GGCGGGUCCUCCUGGGCGGGUCCUGGCAAAGGGUCCUCAGUAACCCCUCGGAGGUGGAGCGGCUGGCCAGAGCGCCCACUGCAGAGUGGAGCGGUCCCAUCGCGGCGCCGUCAUGCUCCGGGUCCCCCAGUAUAUGCUGCUCCCGCUCCUGGCGCUCCUGCAGUUGCUGGGCGCUGCGCACAGUUUCUAUAAUGUCUCCCAGAGGACAUUUGAGCUGGACUACAAACGGGACCGCUUCCUCAAGGAUGGGCAGCCAUUCCGCUACAUCUCGGGAAGCAUUCACUACUUCCGGAUACCCCGAUUCUACUGGGAGGACCGGCUGCUAAAGAUGAAGAUGGCUGGGCUGGAUGCAAUCCAGACGUACGUGCCCUGGAACUUCCAUGAACCCCAGCCAGGACAAUAUGAGUUUUCUGGGGACCGUGAUGUGGAACAUUUCAUUCAGCUGGCUCACCAGCUGGGACUCCUGGUGAUCCUGAGGCCUGGGCCCUACAUCUGUGCAGAGUGGGACAUGGGGGGCUUACCCGCUUGGUUACUAGAGAAAGAAUCGAUCGUUCUCCGGUCUUCCGACCCAGAUUACCUCGCAGCUGUGGAUAAAUGGCUGGCAGUCCUUCUGCCCAAGAUGAAGCGUCUGCUCUACCAGAACGGAGGGCCCAUCAUAACCGUGCAGGUUGAGAAUGAGUACGGGUCCUACUUCGCCUGCGAUUAUAACUACCUGCGUUUCCUGGAGCACCGCUUCCGCUACCAUCUGGGUAACGACAUCAUUCUCUUCACCACUGACGGAGCGGCUGAAAAAUUACUCAAGUGUGGGACCCUGCAGGACCUCUACGCCACCGUGGAUUUUGGAACAACCGGCAAUAUCACACGAGCUUUCCUGAUCCAGAGGAAUUUUGAACCCAAAGGACCUUUGAUCAAUUCUGAGUUCUAUACUGGCUGGUUAGACCACUGGGGUCAACCCCAUUCCAAAGUGAAUACUAAGAAGUUGGUGGCCUCCCUCUAUAACCUGCUUGCCUACGGGGCCAGCGUGAACUUGUACAUGUUUAUAGGUGGGACCAACUUUGCCUAUUGGAAUGGUGCCAACAUGCCCUAUGCCCCACAGCCGACCAGCUAUGACUAUGAUGCCCCACUGAGCGAGGCAGGAGACCUCACUGAGAAGUACUUCGCUGUACGAGAUGUCAUUCGGAAGUUUAAAGAAGUCCCAGAAGGCCCAAUCCCUCCAUCUACACCCAAGUUCGCAUAUGGAAAAGUUGCUCUGAGAAAGUUCAAGACGGUGACAGAAGCUCUGGGUAUACUGUGUCCCAACGGGCCGGUGAAAAGCCUCUACCCCUUGACGUUCACUCAGGUAAAACAGUAUUUUGGGUAUGUGCUAUACCGAACGACACUUCCUCAAGAUUGCAGUAACCCGAAACCCAUUUUCUCUUCACCCAUAAAUGGUGUCCGUGAUCGGGCCUACGUCUCUGUGGACGGGGUCCCCCAAGGAAUCCUUGAUCGAAACCGUAUGAACGUUCUGAACAUUCGGGGGAAGGCCGGAGCCACGCUAGACAUUCUGGUGGAGAACAUGGGGCGUGUGAACUAUGGCAAGUCCAUCAAAGACUUUAAGGGUCUGAUUUCCAACAUGACCCUCAACUUCACUGUCCUCACCAACUGGACAAUGUUCCCACUGGACACUGAGGCCCUGGCAAGCAGCCAUCUUGGGAACUGGGAGGUCGCUGAUGAGGGUCGCCUCGAUGGACACUCGACCUUACGUUCUUCAAAUUUCACACCCCCCACCUUUUACGUGGGCAACUUCUCCAUCCCCUCGGGCAUCCCAGACCUGCCGCAGGACACCUUCAUCCAGUUUCCCGGAUGGGCCAAGGGCCAAGUAUGGAUCAAUGGCUUUAACCUCGGGCGAUACUGGCCCACAAAGGGCCCACAAAUGACCUUGUUUGUGCCAAGGAACAUCCUGACCACUUCAGCCCCAAACAACAUCACAGUGCUAGAACUGGAGUCGUCACCCUGCAGUAAUGGGACCCUAGAGCUAUGUACAGUAGAGUUUGUUGACACUCCGGUUAUUGGCUGACCAGUGGCCAUUUUCCAGGCCAGUCUGGUCAAGACUGAGGGCUGACCCACCUGCGACGACUGAUCCUCUGGGCACACAACCCUACUCUCGCUACGUGGACCACUAUUGUGGUACAGAAUUAUGGAAUGUGUGUAUCCUGCUGGUGACUUUGCAGCCCUGCCUUGCCUGACCACCCACCCUCGUGGCCACCAGGAAGGCUGAAGAGAGUGGAUACCAUAGGAAUACACAGCUGGUGUGCCGAGUUGGAACAAAACUUGAAUAAUGUCCCUUAUUCUGACUUGAAAUAAUCAUGUCUUUCUGAUGAAUAAAAUUUGAAUGCAA